AACAGAGAGGUGAGAGAAAGACAGAGAAGAAGAGAAAGACAGAGAGAGGGAGACCAACUUACCAACAGCUGAAAAACCAACAGCUGAACAACCAACUUACCAACAACAGAACAACCAACUUACCAACAACAGAACAACCAACUUACCAACAACAGAACAACCAACUUACCAACAACAGAACAACUUAACUUGCAGGAGGAGGAGGAGGAGCGUUUGACAAACAGGACGACCUGUAAGCCUACCUGGCGACCUCUUCACUGAGAUGCGAAGACGGUUCUCGAAGUCGGGGGUAAAGACCCCAAAAACCUCUGAACCCCAGGGAGUGCCUAUCCCGAUGUCUGCUGAACGACCCCUAACUUCCUCUGUAGCCUCCUCGCUUCCCACCCCAAGCCUGGCUGCAGCGCUAGCCCGGCGAAGGUUCACCCUGAGUGGGGCAGCUGACAGCCAGAACCUGCCGGUCUACUGCAGAAUGCCAUUCUCUCGUAGCUUCCUGUCUGAAGACCAGUUCCAGUGUUCCAUCUGUCUGGAUAUCUUCAUAAACCCCGCCUCCACUCCAUGUGGACACUCCUUCUGCAUGGCCUGCAUUGGUCGGCACUGGGACGGUGCUCAGCUCUGCCAGUGUCCUCUCUGCAAAGAGACCUUUAAGAAGCGUCCAGACCUCCAGAUUAACCGGACCCUCAGGGAGAUCACAGAGCAGUUCAAGUCCAUGUCCGGGGUGUCUCGGUUGGGCAGCGGGACGUGGAGAGGUGUCCUGGGGGCUGGAGGAGGAGGAGGAGGAGGAGGAAGGGGAGGAGGAGAGGACAGAGACCAUCAGGAUCCCAGCACCAUAGAGAGGGAGUGGAUGGACACUAAGACCCAGCUACAUAUGUCUGAGGCAGAGAUCCAUCAGCUGAUUCUACAGAGACAGAGGAAGAUGGAGGAGAUAAGGUCAUCACUGGCUCAACUACAGCUUUCAGUGGAACGUGAGACGGCAGGCGUGAUGUGUGUGUUCAGUGCGUUGGUGUGCGCGGUUGAGAGGUCGCAGGCUGAGCUCAUGGAGGUGAUUGAGAUGAGUAGGCGGUUGGCAGAGCACAAGGCGGACGAUGUGAUUCGUCAGCUAGAACAGGAAGUGAAUGAGCUCAGGAAGAGAAGCCACGCCCUCUCCCAGCUGGCCCAAUCAGACGACUACGUUCAUUGUAAAAAGACCUACCCUGCACUCUGCACCCCUCCACCAAUCAGAGACUGGUCUGGGGUGUCGGUGAACUCUGACCUGGGAACGGGGCCCAUCUAUACAUCGCUGUCUGUCCUGGUCCAACGUUUCCAGGAAGAGAUCAGCAGGAUGGUUCAAUUUGGCGAACAAGUUCCACUAGAAUCCUCUCCAAUACCACAGCCCAAGGUGAAGCGGGUACAGGAGUAUGCAGUGGACGUGACUAUGGACUCAAGCACCGCCCACCCCAGGCUCAUCCUAUCAGGAGACGGGAAAAUGGUAAAAUGUGGGGAUCGUCACCAGCCGGUACCUAAUAACUCUGAGAGGUUUGACCGUGUCGUGUGUGUUCUGGGUCGAGAAGGGUUCUCCUCAGGUCAACACUAUUGGGAGGUGGAGGUGGGCGGGAAGACUGACUGGGAUCUGGGCGUGGCCAGCCGCUCCAUCAACAGGAAGGGGAAGAUAACGGUAUCUCCUAGCAACGGCUACUGGUUCCUCAGCCUCAGAGAUAAACACAACUAUGUGUUCCGGACAGAUCCCUCCACUGAGCUGCUUCUCGACCUCAGACCCCAGAAGAUCGGGGUGUAUGUGGAUUAUGAGAAAGGGCAGGUAUCGUUCUACAACGUGGACUAACUUCUCCUUCAUCUCCCCUGUUCAGGUAUCGUUCUACAACGUGGACUAACUUCCUCUUCCUCUCCCCUGUUCAGGUAUCGUUCUACAACGUGGACUAACUUCUCCUUCAUCUCCCCUGUUCAGGUAUCGUUCUACAACGUGGACUAACUUCCUCUUCUUCUCCCCUGUUCAGGUAUCGUUCUACAACGUGGACUAACUUCCCCUUCAUCUCCCCUGUUCAGGUAUCGUUCUACAACGUGGACUAACUUCCCCUUCAUCUCCCCUGUUCAGGUAUCGUUCUACAACGUGGACUAACUUCCCCUCCCUCUCCCCUGUUCAGGUAUCGUUCUACAACGUGGUACUAACGUCCUCUUCCUCUC